UGUCCCCUACCAGGUUGGAGCAAAGGUCCACAGCGCGGAGAGGCUCAGCCUCCUCCGGUGUCCGGGGCCAUGUCCGAGCGCCGGGCGGCCACCAAGGGCCGGCGUUUGGGCUCCAGCCGGCGCAAGCAGCUGCGGGAGGGCUCCGGGGAGGCCCCGGUACCGGCACCCAGCCCCGGCGAGGAGCCACCGUGGGCAUCCGAGAUAGAGCAGAGGGUGCAGCACUUCCUCAGCAGCCGGGGCGCGGAGCGGGCGGGAUGUGUCACCCGCUCGGACAUGCAGAAACUGCGGGAGGAGGAAGGUUUCCCGUGCAGCACGGAGGAGCUGGAGCUCGUGUUCGACGGGCUGGAUGCCGCCGGCACCGGGCGGCUGCGAGGCGAGGAGUUCACGGCCGGGCUCCGGCAGUUCCUGAGCUCGCAGAGCGCUGCCAGGGAGCACCGGCGCCGGAAAACAGCGUCGAGGAGGGUCCGGCUGGUGCUGCCCCGGCCGGAGCUGGAAAGGGCGGACAGCGAGGAGCGCAGGCACUUUGCAGCCUUCAUGGAGCAGCUGGGCACAGACAACGCCUCCGAAGAACAGGAGAUCUGGCAGCUGUGGGUGAAGCUCCGGCAGGAUGAGCCCCAGCUCCUGGACAACCUGGAGGAUUUCCUGGCCAAGAUGAGGAACCGCAUCCAAGACACCAGGAGCAAGAAGGAGGCUUUGGAGAUGACUCUAAACAAGCGGGUGGCUGAGCACGACAAGGACGUGCAGCAGCUCUGCGAGCUCCUGGAGCAGCAGAUCCAGCAGGAGCAGCUGCGGCUGCAGCAGCAGAGCGCGGCCCGGAGCCACCAGCAGGGUGAGGAGCUGCAGCGAGCGCUGGAUGCCAGCGAGAGGGAGGUGCAGCGCUUGGUCUCGGCGCAGACGGAGCUGGAGCGGCGCUGCCGCAGCCUGCAGAGCUCCCAGCAAGGCACCAGCACGGAAAACCGGGAGCUGCAGGAGAGCAACCGAGCACUGGAGCAGCACCUGCAGCACCUGCACCGGCAGCUGCAGCACACCCAGGGCCACCUGAGGACAAUGAGGGCCACGGUGGCUUGGGAGCCCGGGGACACAGUGGUGGCAGAGUUACCCAUCGAGGUGCCGGUGUCCCCCCAGCUGAGUCCGGGGAAGAGCGAGAAGUUCCGCUCCGAGAUGCGGAUCCGGCUGGGAUCCCAGAGCRGCGAGAGCAAAGCCAAGAGCCCCCACCAAGUGGUUUGGGAAAUGCUGCCAGCAGAAAUGAACCUUUCAGGAGCCCCACGGAAAGCGAGCUCUGCAGAGGAGGACCCUUUCCCAGAACCUGUGAAAGAGGAACCCAUCUCUGACCAAAGCUCUUUGCUAAGAGAGAUGAAUGAGGCAAUAGCAGCUCUGAGCAAACAUCUGAAGGCACAGGCAGACACUCCCUGGCAUGAAGCUGAGCCCCAAAUGGGGCCAGAGGCAGCCACAGCCCAUGGAACAACCCCUGGGGUCCUGCAGGAGACCCUCCCCAGCCACAUCCAUCAUGAGCUGCAGGAGGGACCAGGCACAGCUGAGGUUCCUGCUCCGGGUGUGACACAGGCUGAUGUGUGGCGSCUUGGUGCUCCAGGACAGGCAGCCCAAAGGGAGCUUCAGGAGCAGGUUUCAGCACAGGGACAUGAGGGGAGGCUCCUGUCCCCAAAGCUGGAGGGGGAGACACCGCACACAAUGGAACCGGAGCAUGCGGCUGCUGGACCCGCUGAGCACCCAAAGCGAGAGGGGCCAUCAACACUGAGCGUGGCAGUGCCACCAGAAGGUGCUGGGAGUGAUCAGCUGGGGAUGGUCCUCAGACAUAACCCACUGGGGCAAAGGCAGCUUUUGGGGGGACAACAGAGCAAAGAUGUCAGUGUUGGUACACAAGAGAAGAUGCAAGAGUUUGGUCACAAAACAAGCCAAGAAGGCAAGCCCAGCCCAGCAGAGCCAGGGGCUGUGACUGCAGGCGGGGCAGGAGCUGCCCCAAGGGGUUGUCCCAAAGCUCCUCAGGACCCAGACCACCUCUACAACGUGCUGUUUGUCGGGGACUCCCACGUGGGCAAAACGUCRUUCCUGUACCGCUUGCACGCCGACGCCUUCAAUCCCCACCUCAGCGCCACCGUGGGACUGGAUUAUCAGAUCAAAACCCUCGUUGUGGAUAACAAGUGCUUUGCCCUCCGUCUGUGGGACUCAGCUGGUCAGGAGAGGUACCGCAGCGUGACCAAGCAGUUCUUCCGGAAGGCGGACGGGGUGGUGCUGAUGUACGACAUCACCUCCGAGUAUUCCUUCUCCGACGUGCGCUACUGGCUCAGCUGCAUCCAGGAGGCAGCAGAGGAUGGAGUUGCUGUUCUGCUUCUUGGGAACAAAACCGACUGUGCUGCCCAGAGACAGGUCCCUACGAAGGAGGGGGAAUGUUUGGCCAAGGAGCAUCAGCUGAUGUUUUAUGAGUGCAGCGCUGCCUCGGGCCACAAUGUCUUUCAGUCCAUGGUCAGCUUCAUCAGGUUGCUCAAAGCUCGUGAAGAUGAAUUGAAAAAUAAGGCAGAGGAGGUACCAACAGCACCCCAGAAGAAAAAAGGCUGCUGCUGGUGAUGGACAAACACGCCCUCAGUGAUCUGAAACUGCAGCAACAGCCAGAAAGRCAUGAAAACAGCCCUUGGACACCUUCUCUGCUCCCCUUGUCUUCCUUGCCUGGGCUUCCUUGGAUGCUGAGAGCAAAAGYUGCUGUGGGGAAGCCCCUGCCAGUCCCACAGAGCACACCAGCUCUCCAAAAUACUUCUUGGGAAACUUCAUCACUUUCUUUCAGGAACCAAAAACAGGCCAAGGAAAGAGGUAGAAAAGGAACUCAGCUGGGUCUGAGAUGCUGAACAAUGCUGGGAACAGCAGGGAGUAAACCCAAGCCUUGGGGUAGAAGAAACGAGAACCUGGAGCCAUCCAAGUGUACAAAACAAGGAGGUUUUGUGCCCUUGUUGCUCUGGGGACUUACUCUGGCUUUGCAAUCUGAUUGGAUUUGAUCAGGAACAAUGAGCUGUCCAAUAUCUCCUAAAAGUGCUUAAGUGUCUCCAAUUAGGAAAGGAAAAGCUGAUUUUUCCCUUUCCUGGUUUAUCCUGCCAGUGAGCAGUGAUGGGGCUUGAUGGAAACUGAAUAUCUUGCUCGAAAUAAAUUCAAAAGCCCUAAGAGCACAUGAAGGAUAAUAAGAAGAUAAGUGCUUGUAAGAGGUUUUUUCAUUGUGUUGCCCCUCGAGCAGAUUUCUGAGCUAUUGCRACGAAUCUCAGGCUGGGCAGGAAAGAACUGCUGCAUCCUGCCCUUCUGCUCUUUGUGAAGUACUGAAUUGGUUUUAAAUCCAGCUUGAAAAAAUCUAAAUAAGCACAUGUCACAAUUUCAAGGUUGUUUUUUUACUUUUUCUUUUUACAGUUCCAUAGAACUGCAUUUUUCUUUCUGCAAAAAGACAUACAGACUAAAUAAA